UACCAACAUGGACUCAGUAUCAGCUGCUCUAGUAUUUCAUAGUUCCAUAUACUUGUGUGCAAUGGCUCAUCAUGGUGUUUCAGGUCUAGUUGGGAAAAUUGUAACUGAAUUGGAGGUGAAUUGUAAUGCCGACGAAUUUUAUAAGAUUUUGAAGCGCGAUGAAGAUGUUCCACGGGCAGUUUCUGAUCUUUUCCCUCCCGUCAAAAUUGCCAAAGGAGAUGGACUUGUUUCUGGUUGUAUCAAGGAAUGGGACUGUGUUCUUGAUGGUAAGGCGAUGAGCGGCAAGGAGGAAAAACACACAACGAUGAAACGAGGACUUUGCGUCACCGUGAAUUGGAAGGAGACUUGAUGAAGGAUUACAAGAAGUUUGAUUCCAUAAUUGAAGUUAAUCCAAAACCAAAUGGACAUGGAAGCAUUGUGACGUGGUCAAUUGAGUAUGAGAAAAUGAACGAAGAUUCUCCGGCUCCCUUUGCUUAUCUAGCUUCCUUCCAUCAGAACGUUGUGGAAGUUGAUUCUCACCUCUGCCUUUCUGAAUAAGAUGCAAGUACAUGAACACGACUUUAGUGUUCGAUGUACGUCAGUAUAUGUUGUUUAAAUGUUCUUCUUGCGGUAUGCCUAUGUCUACGUGAUCAAGUUCAGUGUUCGUACACGUGAGCUUUGUGGUUUUGUGGUUACCUAUACUAUGUGUGUGUUUCAUAAAAUAAAGAUUAAUUAAGGGACUUGCAAGUUACAGUGA